CGGAGCGACGGCCGAGGCGCGCGAGCUUUUUUCGAGAGCUUUUAUCCGCGGAGAGCGAGACGAGCGUUUAAUUGAGCCGACGCCGCGCGAGUGUCUGUAUCCGUUUCCGAUGAAUAUUCAUGGAGAUUGUAUGAUGUAACUGCGCUGAUGCUUAUUAGCAUUAAUUAUACCCGCGACGCCUGCUGUCUGAUGUCAGCGCGACGGAUUUAUACGCAGUUUGUUUUUUUUCGCUAUUCGUAGAGAAAGAAAAUAGCCAAGCUCUGCCGAUUCUUCAUUUAUUCACGAGUGCUAGUGGCACGUGGAGGUGUAUCUCAUCGGGUAAUCGAAAUCACGCAUAGAGCGGUUAGGAGAUGAGCGACGAUAAGGGACUGCAUGUGUUAUUGUCCGCUUUUCGAAGGCUGCGCAGCCUCGGCCUUGUCGGCGAUCAAUUUUCGCCUUUUUCGCGUACUACUGCACCGAUAUUACACGGAGAUCGGCGGCGCUGCGGUUAUGGAUUUUACUUUUAAAGCCGUGUGUUACACUCGAUGCUAUACUGCAGAACGUGUGUAUCGUCGGUUAUCGACUCGUCACAGAUAAAGACUCGUUUCCAACAAUACUGGUAUUUCCUCAAACCUAUUUACGGUGAAUAAUGCCUCGCGCACUAUCGCGCAGAAAAAAAGAAACGAGUUUACACAUUCCGAAUCGUCGGUUAUAUAUUACUUAAAAAAGGAAAGUCUCGCGACGAAAUCGUCGGCGUCGAUGCGUGAAACUCUGUCGAGCGCGCGGUUUCACCUGCAGCAGCUUCGAUAUCCCGCGUCGAACUGUACAGGCAUCGGCAUCGCCACGAAUUAUUAUUGUCGUCAUUUCUGUCUCUGUCCCGGCUUAUCUGGCUCUUAUCGUCGGGACGGAUUGUUACGAUCCUCGACGGACUGAUAAGCCGUGCAGUCGAAUGUUAAAGAAUUUCUGCUGUCUGUAUGAUACACGCGUCAGUGUGCUUUUUCGGCCCAUGCUGGCAGGUCGUGUGUGUGAAAGUGUGCUUUGUGCGGGUUUCUGUAUAUAUUUCGCUGAGGCAAAAACUAGUUAAUUAACCGGAAAUUAACUUUUCGAAUUUUAAUUCCUCUUUCGCUAUUUUCAAAAAGUCCGCGGUAUUAUACCGUUCCAUGUUUUCCUUGCCGCAAAAACGACAGCAGUGCAAACGGUGAAUCACCGGCUCGUAAAGGCGCUUCUAUGAUUCACGCGGGUGCGCGCAGAUAUGUCAUUAGCCGAGCCUAAACGCGACUUGCUCUCCUAUGACAUAAUCCCAGCACAGGAUGUCUCGCGCCAACAGUCCGAUCGACAACUACGGAACGUUUUCGGCCCCGGCACCGGAGAUGCAGUCGUCGUCGCGGGGUUCUGCGGCUGGUCAGCGUCAGCCGCAGAGUCCCGGGCCCAUGCGGCCCUUCACGCCGCCGGACCUCUCCUCCAUCCCGCACAUGGACGAGGCGUCCCAGCAGUUGGGCGACAGGUCCCAUAACGGCGAAACGACGACACAGGCCGCCGAGGAGCAGCCAACCUCCGGGCCCUACAUCGUCGGCAGUCCCAUCGAUCUCGGGGCCAUCGACAACGUCGACAGUAUCAAUCUGAGACUCGGCCCGCUGCAGAGGAGGUCGACCAAGAGGAAGAACAGAAGCGCCGCGGCCGGUGAGCAGCAACACAUCGAGCUCCAGGAGUCGGUCAACGAUCAGUCGCCCACCAGCACCGGUCUGCCAGGAACGGGAAGAGCGGAGAAUGGCGGCUCGUCGCUGGACCAGUCGACAGGUGGUGGUGGUCACGGGACAGGCGACAUUCAGGACGAGAGGGUUGUCUUCGUUAAUGCACCCCAUCAACCGGCCACCUACCGCAACAACCACAUUUCCACGGCCAAGUACUCGCUGCUAUCCUUCAUACCGUCCUUCCUCUUCGAGCAGUUCAGGCGAUACAGCAACUGUUUCUUCCUCUUCAUCGCCCUCAUGCAGCAAAUCCCAGACGUUUCGCCGACGGGGCGAUACACGACGCUCGUCCCGCUCAUAUUCAUCCUGAGCGUGUCGGCGCUUAAGGAGAUCGUCGAGGACAUUAAAAGGCACAGAGCCGACGACGAGAUAAACAAGCGCGAGGUCGAGGUGCUGCGGGACGGCCGCUGGCAGUGGAUCCAGUGGAAGACGGUGACGGUAGGCGACGUCGUCAAGGUGCACAACAACAACUUCUUCCCGGCUGACCUGAUCCUGCUCUCGUCCUCCGAGCCCCAGGCGAUGUCGUUCAUCGAGACGGCGAACCUCGACGGUGAGACCAAUCUCAAGAUCCGCCAGGCCCAUCCCGACACCGCCAACCUCCUCGACACCGUCGAGCUCAUGAACUUCCGCGCCAACAUCCAGUGUGAACCGCCCAACAGGCAUCUCUACGAGUUCAACGGGAUUCUUCGCGAGACCAACAAGCCGAGCGUACCCCUGGGACCGGAUCAGCUGCUGCUUCGAGGCGCGAUGCUGCGCAACACUCGGUGGGUCUUCGGCGUGGUGAUCUAUACUGGUCACGACACCAAGCUCAUGCAGAACAAUACGAGCACCGCGCCCCUCAAGCGCUCGACCCUCGAUCGCCUCAUCAACACCCAGAUACUCAUGCUCUUCUUCAUCCUGCUGCUACUGUGCCUUCUCUCGGCGAUAUUCAAUAUACUAUGGACCAACGCCAAUCACACUGGUCUUUGGUAUCUCGGGCUAAACGAGGCCAAAACGAAGAACUUUGCCUUCAACCUGCUGACCUUCAUCAUCCUCUUCAACAACCUGAUCCCGAUAUCGCUACAGGUGACGCUGGAGGUGGUGCGCUUUGUGCAGGCGACCUUCAUCAACAUGGACAUCGAGAUGUACCACCCGGAGACAGAUACGCCGGCGAUGGCGCGCACCAGCAAUCUCAAUGAGGAGCUCGGCAUGGUGCGCUACGUUUUCACCGACAAAACUGGCACCUUGACGCGCAACGUCAUGGAGUACAAGCGCUGCUCCAUCGCCGGCAAGAUGUACGAUUUGCCAACGCCAUCGAUUUCCAAUGGCGAAGCCAGCGAGAUGGACAGCGAGCUCAUCCAGGACAUACUGCAGGGCCGGCCGAAAAAUGCCUCGCAAAGCUCUAGCAGCAAAAAGGUCAAGCACGCCGCUAUCCUCCACGAAUUCAUGGUGAUGCUGUCAGUCUGUCAUACCGUCAUACCCGAGAAGUUCGAAGACGGAAGCAUCAUCUAUCACGCAGCCUCACCCGACGAACGAGCCCUUGUGGACGGCGCCAGCAAGUUUGGCUAUGUCUUCGACUCGCGCACGCCGCACUUCGUUGAGAUCCUGGCGUUGGGUGAACGGCAGCGCUACGAGAUCCUGAACGUGAUUGAGUUCACCUCGGCCCGCAAACGAAUGUCGGUUAUCGUGCGCACACCCAGCGGCCAGAUCAAGAUAUUCUGCAAGGGUGCGGACUCGGUGAUCUACGAACGUCUUGCGCCCAAGACGCCUGACGAAGACAACACAGGCCCGCAGCAGCAGCAGUCAAUCCUCGACGAUUUUAGGGACGCGACGCUUCAGCACCUCGAGGCCUUUGCUACCGAAGGACUCAGAACGCUUUGCUUUGCCGCUGCAGAUAUACCGGACAACCGUUACAAUUGGUGGAAGGAGAUCUACGACAAGGCGAACAUGAACCUGUCGAACAAGGAAGAAAAGGUGGCCGAGGCAGCGGAUCUCAUCGAGACUAAGUUAACGCUGCUUGGUGCCACGGCUAUCGAGGACCAGCUUCAGGAUCAAGUUCCAGAGACGAUAGAAUCGCUCAUUCAGGCGGACAUCCGCGUUUGGGUAUUGACUGGUGAUAAACAGGAAACGGCCAUCAAUAUUGGCUACUCCUGCAGACUGAUUACACAACCCAUGCCUUUGAUUAUUAUCAAUGAGGGUUCUUUGGAUAAAACAAGAGAAGUUAUCAUUCAGCACUGUCUGGACUUUGGACAAGAUUUGAAGUGCCAAAAUGACGUUGGACUUGUCAUUGACGGGAACAGUUUAAAAUACGCUUUGUCUUGUGAUCUCAGAAGAGACUUUUUAGAUUUAUGCACUUCCUGUAAGGUCGUCAUUUGCUGUAGGGUCUCGCCAAUGCAAAAAGCAGAAGUAGUGGAUUUGGUGACGACCAACACCAAAGCGGUGACUUUGGCCAUUGGCGACGGCGCGAACGACGUGGCCAUGAUUCAAAAAGCACACAUUGGCAUUGGCAUUUCGGGCGUCGAAGGUCUGCAAGCGGCAUGCGCCUCGGACUACUCGAUAGCCCAGUUCCGCUUUCUCAAGCGUUUGCUUUUCGUGCACGGAUCCUGGAACUACAGCAGAAUGUGCAAGCUUAUUUUGUAUUCGUUUUAUAAGAACAUUUGCCUGUACGUCAUCGAGCUAUGGUUCGCCAUUUACUCCGGCUGGUCUGGUCAGAUUCUCUUCGAGAGAUGGUCCAUCGGUCUUUACAACGUGGUAUUCACGGCAGCUCCACCCUUAGCGAUAGGUCUUUUUGAUAAGGUGUGUUCAGCGGAAACGCAUUUAGCCCAUCCCAGUUUGUACGCUGCGAAAAACGCUACCGAGUCUACGUUUAACAUUAAGGUAUUUUGGAUCUGGAUAUUCAAUGCUCUACUUCACUCUGCCCUCCUGUACUGGCUAUCGUUGCUAGCACUUAAACAGGAUGUUAUUUGGGGUAACGGAAGGGACGGCGGCUACCUUGUUCUAGGAAAUGUAGUUUAUACUUACGUAGUAGUGACUGUUUGCGGAAAAGCAGGUCUGAUAACGAACUCAUGGACGUGGGUGACUCACUUGGCGACUUGGGGAUCCAUCAUACUAUGGUUCCUCUUUAUUCUAAUUUACAGCAACUUCUGGCCUGUCAUCAACGUUGGAGCAGUCAUGCUCGGCAACGACCGAAUGCUGUUCUCGUCACCUGUCUUUUGGUUAGGACUUAUUCUCAUUCCACUCGCAGUUUUGUUGCUCGACGUUACAGUAAAAACUGUGAAGAACACGGUUUGGAAGUCGCUGACCGAAGCAGCUAGAGAGCAGGAAAUUCGCAAAUCCGACCCUGGCGACAUUUUCCACGCCCAAGACUACAGGAGCUCAUUGACGGAGACGGCGCGGCUACUGAAAAACGUUAAAAGCGUAUUCACCAGGCGUACGAACGCCGCUGCCAGAGUGAAUGUCGAGGUGGAGCUAUCACGAGAGGAAAAGAGGACGCGAAGGAGUCGAGUCGAGUCUUUGAGAGCCUUUAAGUAUCUCGACGGUUUCGCCUUUUCCCAAGAGGAGGGCGGUACAGUUUCGCAGACCGACGUGAUCCGGGCCUACAACACGAAUCUGCCCAAGCCCGGUGGCAUGUGAACGCGACGGCGUUCGAAUGGUGCCGUAGCAAACUCAGCAGCGUCGGACUCUCCUCCACCACGACGAUCAACUCCCAGGUGGCCGGAUAGCACUGCGGCAGGACUCUUGUCCUUCCUGACAUGUCACGCGCGAUUAUUGUAGGGACGAUCGCACGCAUGCGUGACGAGAGAGAUGUUUUAUGCAGAGGCUCGAAUUUGCGAUUAGGGAUUCACUUUUGUCUUUGCGUUUGAAUUUUUUAGCUGCUUUUAUCGUUAAAAGGCGAAGCGAAGGAUUUUUAAAUGGAAUAAUACGGUGAAGAAACUUAGAAAUAUGAAGUCUCAAUUACGAAUUCGAGCCUGUAUGUGGGUCAGAUCUAGCAUUGUUGCGAUGAACGGAGUAUAAAUUUUGAAAAUCCUGUUUGUAUAUAAAUAUGCUUUCGAUGUAGCGAUGAAUGUAAUUUUUUUUUCUAGCAUUGAGCGAUCGAAUACAAUUAUGUGUUAGUUUUUUCACGUAUAAUUUAUAAUUAUGCCUCUCGUGUGUCUCGAUUCCCUUUAAAUUAUCCCACAGCGCAUAAUUAAUAAUGCAUAUUUAUGAAGAUAUGCGGAUUCGAGACACUUUAUAUAGUCUGUACAUAAAAAGGUACCUAAUGUAUGCUACACGCGAUGUAUAAAACUUAUAUUACUAUAUGUAGGGAUGAACGUGUCUUGCGUGUCGCGUAGAAUAAAUUACUAUAUUUUUAAUGUGGACACGUCGGACUCAAUUAUCUAUUACAUACAACAGGGGGUAUAACAAAAGCAUCGGAAUAAAAUGUGUAACAAUUCAACUUGCAUAUGUGUAAAUGUGAGGUUCACGGCAAAAUAUAAUACGAAACUCGCAACAAGUAGCCGCAUUAUUAAAUAUAUGUGUCGUAUACAUAUUAUACAUGUAAAAGUGACAAAGAAUUGUAUGUGCUGAUUAUAACAUUGUGACCGAUUUCGGCAGGGAAUAACUAAUUGUGUUCUUUCGAUGUCAUCGAUAAAUUUCAAACAAAAGUGUCUCUGUAUAAAUAAGACGACGAUGAUAACAAGAAAAGAAAAAAAAGAUCGGUCGCUAUUAGCUCUCGAAUACGAGAUGAUAAGUCGUCCUCGGAGCUAUGAACUACACGUUUUUAUUAGGCUAUUAAAUUGAGCUUCUCGUCGAUGCGAGCGAUGGAGAUAAACUCUUUGAAAGUAAGGUCUCUUCUGCCUGGCAGAUCGGACGAGAUACUGUAAAUAUUAAGGUAUACAUACUAUAUAGUUUACGUUACACUUCUAUAUUAACUGGAAACAAGUUUUCUCUGAAAGUCAUAUUUUACGAAGUGUAUCUUUGAGAAAUUUUCGCGCAAUUGAUUGUGUUUGUUUUUUGAAUUUUUAAUACUGCUUGAUUUUUGACUAGUCUAUACUAUUGAGUGAACUAAACCCACUAAAACAUCCUAAUUUGUAGUCGUACAACUAGAUUUUAAUCUGUAAAUAACUGAUGAGUUUUCAAAGCAGAUAUACGAUGAUUUCGCGAACUUGAUCUAAAGUAAAAAAAAAAUUGUCCAGAAACUAUAACUGUAAAGUAAUUGGAAAAAUCCUUACUUUGAUACGAUCUACUUCUAUAUUAACGAAUUCCAACUAGUUUUUACUAAACUUUUCACGAUUAUAUCGGCAGUUUAUAUCAAGGCAACCUUUCAGAACUCAUUAUACUGCAUUGAAGAAUAUUCCCGCUAGGCUGAACUAGAUUUUCUCGUCAUGCGCGAACGGAGAACCUUUGGAGAAUAAAUAUUCCACCUUAUAUAAUUCUUUUUUACAUAUACAUAUAUAUUAUCAAAGAUAGCAAACUUGAGAAUUUUCUAAAUAAAUUAAUACACGAUUAAUGAAGAAUUAAAGUUUAAUAAUAAUGAUAAAUAAAAGAAGGAUAAACGACGUUUCGAUGCAAGUCUCGAGCGCUCGGCGCGAAACGAUAAAACUUUCAGAGUAAAACUGUCUAUGUCGAUGCGCUUCCGAAUUCGUGUAAACGUAUGAUUACUACUUAUAUAUAAUGAUGUAUAUGGUAGACGAGUGUGCACAUACGGACACAAACGCAGACACAUUGACACUGACGCGUAUACACGUAUUAUAUACAUACACAGACCUGUUUGCGCGAGAACGUCGAGAGACCGCUGUGCGGACCAUCAUAUAUAUAUAUAUUAUACAUACUAUAUAUUUAUACAUUUGACGUGUAUAUCUUCUUUCCGUACGCGCGUACGGACGUGUGAUUAUGAAAAUGCGUGCGUUUUAUGCGCGCGCGCGCAUUUCCGCAGCGGAAAGAUAAGUUUGAAAAAUUCUAUAAGAAAGUUGAGGGGGUAUCACAGCUCUCGAAUGAUUAUUGGUGAUAUAUUGUACGCGAUUUUCUUGUGUUCGAGGUCUUCGAGGUAGGACGGAAUUUUAAAUGCAUUUAUAACUGCGUAGAGCAUUUUUUUAUAAAAAGUAUUGCACGAAAAAACAUAUUUCCAUUUUGUUAAAUUAGAAGUGACAAUUGUGUGAGAUGACGUAUCUUUCGAGAUUUAAAUUGUUUUACCCGUGUACUUUAACGUUUCUCGCCUGGAAGGUCCUCGAACACGAGUAUUUGAAACUUGGCGCCGGGUCGCCAUCAAGUUUCUGCUGAUGGAAACCAUACAAGAGCUAAACUCGUAGAGCUGCGCCUCGGAAAUUCAGAUUCAGAUUAGUCUCUGUAAUCCGCAUCAUAUACAUUAUAUAAAGCUGCAAAGAAAGCCGCGCCUCACUUGUUGUGCAUAACAAAUAAAAAAUCAAGAGAGAGAGAGAGAGAGAGAGUGAGAUAUAAGUAAUAGCCUACGUACGCUUUCGUCUAGUCAAAGAAGGAUCGGGACGUGUAAUUCGUUUUUCCUUGAUCCCAUCGCGACGAUAUGUCCCGCUCGUUCUUUAUCCGAUCUGUCUUUUCCGUUUUGUUCUCUUUUUCUAUGUUAUCCGAGAUUAAAUGAUCAUUGUGUACGCACGAGGUGUAUAGCGACGAACGCUCUCCUUUCGUUUCUAUUUUUUACUUCUGCAUAUAUUGCGUUAACAAAAUGAAGCAUCAUGUUAUACGUGUCUCAUAGGUUCAAUACAAUAACAUUUAUUACUAGAAAAAAAGAAGUUUGGCACUUGAAAGCGUAACAACAGUAAGCUGUCAUAAAAAAGAGCUACGGUAAUAUUACAUAGAGCGACGAAAUGCUUAUAUAUGUAUAUCGUACAAAUCUCACCGGGCUGCGUCGUGUAUGAUAUAAAGUGAUUUGCAAAAUGUGAUUUAUGUUACUGUCGAUUCGUGGUUAUACCAUUUCAUAGCUUGCAUACGUUAGAGGUGCAACGCGUCACGCUUAUAUCUGAAAGAAAGAUUUUGUUUUGUAAUCUGUAUUAUUUUUCAGCUAAGGUUUAGCGUUUAGUUACAUGACUCUCGUUGUAUGUGUAUAACUAGGGACCGCCGCGUCAUUUGCAUUACUACGAAACUAAUCAAAUUUCAAACUAAACCGACGAUUUGUGAAACAACCAUGUUCUCGUAUUUGAAAAUAAAGAGUAAAGAAAUAAAAUUUUUAUCAAACUAG